AUGGCGCUAACAAAAGUUGCUCUUUUCCUUGCCCUCAACCUUGGUCUCAUUGCUAUUGUGCAUGUCAUCAAGGCCAACCUCCUUGGCCUCAUCGCCGUCGACAUUCCCGUCGACCUGACCCUCCUACUCAACCAUUAUUUGAGCCUGGAACCCAUAAAUAGCACAAGCGUAUUGAUCAACACGCAGAUCCAAACAAGACAUAGAGAUAGAGAGCAGAGCAGAGCUGAGACACAGCCGGAGAGAGAGAGAGAGAGAGAGAGAGAGAGAGAGAGAGAGAGAGAGAGAGAGAGGGGGGGGGGGGGGAUAGCGGAAGGCGGCGUGCGCAUGGCAGGAGAGCAUGGAGCCAAUGGCCUGCAACCGCAAGAGCAAGACCACACCGGAGCUCUGGAGGAAGGAAGAGGAGGAGCGAAUCAACCAGCAGGGUGCGAGGAUUCAGAGCAAGCUGUGAGCAGCACGGCCAAUCAGCCCAUGAUCUCCGUCCAAUUCGUGCAGAAGGUACUCGCCGAGAUCCUGGGGACCUACCUGCUCAUCUUCGCCGGCUGCGCGGCGGUGGCCGUGAACCAGAGGACGGCCGGCACGGUGACGUUCCCGGGCGUCUGCAUCACCUGGGGCCUGGCCGUCAUGGUGAUGGUCUACUCCGUCGGCCACAUCUCCGGGGCGCACCUCAACCCCGCCGUCACGCUCGCCUUCGCCACCUGCGGCCGCUUCCCGUGGAGGCAGGUCCCGGCCUACGCGGCGGCGCAGGUGACCGGGUCCACGGCGGCGAGCCUCACGCUGCGGCUGCUGUUCGGGAGCGAGCCGGAGCACUUCUUCGGGACGGUGCCGUCCGGGUCCGACGUCCAGUCGCUGGUGCUGGAGUUCAUCAUCACCUUCUACCUCAUGUUCGUCAUCUCCGGAGUCGCCACCGACAACAGAGCCAUUGGUGAGCUUGCCGGUCUGGCCGUUGGAGCUACUGUGCUACUAAACGUGCUCUUUGCCGGGCCCAUAUCAGGAGCAUCCAUGAACCCUGCAAGAACCAUCGGUCCGGCGAUGGUCGCCGGCCGCUACACCGGCAUCUGGGUGUAUAUCGUCGGCCCUAUUACUGGCGCGGUUGCCGGUGCAUGGGCUUACAACCUCAUCCGAUUUACCAACAAGCCACUACGAGAGAUCACCAGGACUGGGUCCUUCUUGCGAAGUGCAAGGAUGACAUAGUGUUGUUGCUUGUCGAUAGUGAAUGUCGAUGAUAUGUUGUAAUUCUCCAACCGCCCCGUAAAUUUAUUUGAUUUUCUCUUCAUCAUCUAAUUUCACUAGUAAAUGAUUGGGUCACCUAAUUCUAAUUGUGAUGAUUUUCUCUCUGAAGAAAGUAGGUCGUGCCCUGCAAUUGAGGGCUCUGUUCUACCACAACCUCGACUUAUGUCUCUAAUGUAUAAAACCUCGACCGAUGAGUGAAGUCUUCGGUGAAGGGCA